GACGUACAGGAAUCGGUUGGAUAAAGGCAAUCGCGCUUUAACGGAGAAGCGUUGUAGUAACCAUAGCUUUCUUCAGAUCCGUGAUAUUUAACCUAGGGGUUUUGUUUUUGCAAAAUAUCCGUGAAUAAUUACAGCCACCCCUGGCGCAUGGAUUAAAGAUCUGCGUGUAUCGUAUACACUUUGAUCGGAUAAAAUGUUUGAUCGGUGCCUGUGAAACUUCGACUCGUUUUUGGAGGACCCUUUCAUCUUUCGGUCACACCGGAGUAGAGGAGACACCGGUGUAGCCUGGGCUUUGGAUAAGAUAUCUGGAGAAAGCAACAGUUCCUGUGCAUAUUUAAAUUGGAGCUUUAUUUUCCAUUGUCUUCCCAACAGUUUCCAGGGGGCCAGAAGUGGAGAACCUCAUUUAAAGGACUCGCAGCUAAAAGACGUCUGAAUCAAUGCCAAAUCCUUGUCCUCCUCAGACAGCCUAGCAAAGGUGCAGGAGGUAGCAAGCUGGCUUUUGGAAAUGAACCAGGAUCUGCUGUCUGGGGGCAGCGGCAGCAGGGCGGCCCAGCAGCAGAGGCAGAGGCCCGGGGCAGCAGGGGCAGGUAACGGCACCUCCGGCGGCCGCACAGCCCAGCCCCAGGCGGAGCACAUGAACCAGGUGCAGGAGGAGUCGGAGCAGGAGGCGCAGGAACAGAGACGGGAGCCGGCCGAGGAAGAGGAGGAGGGCGGAAGAGAGCGUCUCAGGGAAGUGCAGGAGCCAUGGCCGUCCGGAGGCGAGGCGGUGGAGGAGGGGCGCAGGAGCGAGGUGAACGGAGAAGAGAAGGGAGCACGGUGGAUGUGGGAGCAGGAGCAGAGAAGACUGCGCAGACGACGUCACGGAGAGGAGGAGAACGAGGAGGAAGAGAACAAUAACAGUGGGAGGGAGGGACAAGGCGGGGCCGGACUGCGUUCUGAGGAGGAUGACGACCGGCCGGAGGAUGAGGAGGAGGGGGAGGAGGAGGAAAUGGACCAAGACAGUGAUGAGUUUGAACAUUCAGAUGAUAGUGGGAGGGAAGAGCAGGAGGAGGAGGCUGAAGAGGAGGAGGAAGACUGUGAAGAAGGCCUCCACUCCCUCAGGACCAGUAUUUCGGACCAUAAUGAUAAUACAGACAAGUCUUCUGGACGACAGCACCAAAGCUCACACUCUUUUGAGAAUAAGAUGAAGAGAAAGUUGGACCAUGGACCUGAGGUUCGAUCUUUCCCUUCAGGAAAAAAACCCUGUCCAAGCCCUACAGGACUGCCAUACCCAGCCACGCCCACGACGUUUGGGGCCUUGCGAGAAGCCAAUGGGCAGGGUCAGCCGAGACGGCGUAUCACAUCCAUCCAGCCCCCCACUGGCCUGCAGGAGUGGCUCCGCACCUUUCAGAGCUGGAGUGGACCGGAGAAGCUGCUUGCGCUGGAUGAGUUGAUUGACAGCUGUGAGCCCACACAGGUCAAACACAUGAUGCAGGUGAUCGAACCACAGUUUCAGAGAGACUUCAUCUCACUGCUGCCCAGAGAGUUGGCCUUACACGUGCUGUCGUUUCUGGAGCCAAAGGAUCUGCUUCAGGCAGCUCAGACGUGCCGUUACUGGCGCAUUCUAGCAGAAGACAACCUGCUCUGGAGGGAGAAGUGCAAGGAAGAAGGUAUUGAUGAGCCUUUGCACAUAAAGAGAAGGAAAGUUAUCAAGCCGGGGUUCACACACAGUCCCUGGAAGAGUGCCUACAUUAGACAACACAGAAUAGACACCAACUGGAGAAGAGGGGACCUCAAAUCACCCAAGGUGUUGAAAGGCCAUGAUGACCAUGUCAUCACCUGUCUGCAGUUCUGUGGAAACCGCAUAGUGAGCGGCUCUGAUGACAACACGCUCAAGGUGUGGUCUGCAGUCACUGGCAAGUGUUUGCGGACAUUAGUGGGCCACACGGGUGGUGUCUGGUCCUCUCAGAUGAGAGACAACAUCAUUAUCAGCGGCUCUACAGACCGAACGCUGAAGGUCUGGAACGCAGAGACGGGAGAAUGUAUCCACACGCUGUAUGGUCAUACCUCAACAGUGCGCUGUAUGCACUUGCAUGAGAAAAGGGUGGUGAGUGGUUCUAGGGACGCCACAUUGCGGGUUUGGGACAUUGAGACGGGUCAGUGUUUGCACGUUCUCAUGGGUCACGUAGCGGCUGUGCGCUGUGUACAGUAUGACGGCCGCAGGGUGGUCAGCGGGGCCUAUGACUUCAUGGUGAAAGUAUGGGACCCUGAAACCGAGACCUGCCUACACACACUCCAGGGUCACACCAAUAGAGUCUACUCCCUACAGUUUGACGGCAUCCACGUGGUGAGCGGUUCGUUGGACACGUCGAUUCGGGUGUGGGACGUAGAGACGGGAAACUGCAUUCACACGCUCACAGGUCAUCAGUCUCUCACCAGCGGCAUGGAGCUUAAAGAUAAUAUCCUGGUCUCGGGAAACGCAGACUCCACAGUCAAGAUCUGGGACAUCAAAACUGGCCAGUGCCUACAGACACUGCAAGGUCCCCACAAACACCAGAGCGCAGUAACGUGCCUGCAGUUCAACAAGAAUUUUGUCAUCACCAGCUCCGACGACGGUACGGUGAAGCUAUGGGACCUGCGAACGGGCGAGUUCAUCCGUAACCUGGUGACGCUGGAGAGCGGGGGCAGCGGAGGGGUGGUCUGGAGGAUCCGCGCCUCCAACACCAAACUGGUCUGCGCGGUGGGCAGCCGUAACGGCACGGAGGAAACCAAACUCCUGGUGCUGGACUUCGACGUGGACAUGAAGUGAGCCGAGCGAUGGGGUCGAACUUAGGGGACUCGUUUGGAAAUUGGGAGGGGAAGCAGAAACCCGCCCUGGGCCUCUGCCCGGGCCAGGACCGAUCGCUCAAUUCAUGGCAUCUCCACCUCCCGAUAAGUUGCCGCCAACAUUUUCUCCCUGUCGUGCCACGGCUCGCUCCGGCCAGAGUUCUGUUCACCUUCUGGAUGGAUUGGGGGGCGGACUCUUACGCACUGCAGCAUUCUGGGAAAGGGGAGGAAACCGAUGACUUGGGAAGACAGGAGCGAGCUACUUCCUGGAUUCUCCCAUUUUCGCUCAAGGCAACAUUGCACAGAGACUUGUUCACUCAAGCCUGACUGAAAUUCACAUCCAUAUGUACAAAUGUUUUUUUGGUUUUUUUUGAUCAAAACAAGUCGACACUGUAUACAUGAGACCCUAUUGCAUCAAUAAGGACAAUUGAGUGAGAAAUAGUGUAUACAAGUACAACAAAAAAUUAGCAGAGUAAGAAUUUGAAGAACUUUGUACUGCAGGAGUGUUUAGAGAGAGAGAGAGAGAGAGAGAGAGAGAGAGAGAGAGUCGAAGGAAGCCAAUUUUGUCAUCAACCUCAGCAUACGCCAAAUAUCCCUUUCUUCCUCAUGCGUUGGUUUUCUUUUGUCUUUUUUUAUAUUAUUUUGGGGGAUUUUGUUUUGCUUUGUUCCCCGCGUCUCUUGGUUUUCACGUCAACAGCUGUGAAAUACAGUGUGCUUUGCAAGUUCAGCAUUUUGUUCCGACUGUUGCAAACAACAGGUCUCAGUAUUAAGCUAAACCCACUGCUGUUUCACGUGUUCGGGUUUUAUUUUUUAAGCGUUGUCAUUUAGUACUCCGUAAGCAGUGCCUCUCUGGAUCCCGGGUCGACCUGCUUUCCUUACGUUUUUCAACCAAUCUGGUUUCGUUAGUUCCUCAGUGCUGGUGCUUUGUGGGAAAUGGGAAUUGUUUUCCCGUAAACUCCUGGGAAUAUGUCCCCCCACACCUUUUCCCAGUACUGUCCAUCCCAGUGGCCAAACUGGAUUUAUGCUGCUAGACACAUGGAAAAAUAUGGUGGAACUUUAACUGGCUGUGACGUUUUAGUCCCAGACUAAAUUCUAAAACUUGUAGAACUUGUAAAAAUGACACAAACCUACCAACAAAAGCAAGACAUCGACAUAACAGCUUCUUUUUUGCCACUGAAACUUGAGCCAAAUGUGCCUCUACGAGGCGUAGAGGAGAGAGAGAUUGUCUUGACAAAGAGACGGGUUUGCCUGCUGGACGAGGAGAAACUAUUUUGCGCGAGCGCGUGGCCGUGCGUGCGUGCGUGUGUGCCGGUGUGUGUUUGAGCAAAUUGUUCGCACAUUCCUUUGGGACAAGAGCUCCGUCGGUCUGUUCUGUGUGGAAAUGUAUGCUUGGACAAACACCGUUCUUGUUUUUAAUUGGUUGAAAAAACGAGAUUGUUGAAACCGCUGUAAAGUUACUGAUGUAAAGAACAUUGUUAAGUUCAUGCAGGUCUUAGUGUACAGAAACGGGCAUCCGAUAUAGUUUUAAGCGCUAGAGCUAACCUGGUCUCCACUGGUGACGCUCUGAUGGUUUUUUGGAAUGGUAAAACAGCGUCAUAGAUAUACAGGACGUAACCGCAUCCGUAGCCAAACAAUUCGUCUCAUCCUCAGUCACACAACUCAAGCUGAACUGUGAAAGUGGUUUAACACUGUAUAUUAAAAGAAAAAAACAAUCUUGUUCUUUCUCCUGUUUUUUUCCUGUUUAAUUUAUAAUCUGGUUUGAGAAAUCAGAUGUUGGAGCUGUUUUGUUUUUUCAGUUAUUGUAAACUGCCUGGCAUAACAGACAGAAAAAAAACCUUAAAGGGAUUGUGUAUUUGUUUGAUUCAUUUAGAAUGUUUAUUUUCUUAUAACUUAAGUGCAAUAAAAUGUGGGUUUUUCUUUUUCAUUUCAAGAAUUUUGGUUGUCUGUGUUCCUCACUGUGUGAAAGUGUCAUGUUGUCCAAUAAAGCUUCUACAGUUUAUUCUGCUUAAAAAGCGUUUCCUAGCGAUGGGGCUUUUUGGUUAGUGUGAUGAUUCAUUUAUCACGGCAGAAGAGCUGCUCAUCUCAGGUCUGCUGGACGCAAUGAGCGCUGCUACAUUUCUCUUCUUGUAGCCCCAGAUACUUCGAAUUGACUGAAUUGGUGAUACGUCAUUAAAAAUGAGGGAGAUCAAAAUAGUUUCUAAACCACUAUGUGCUUGUUCCUCAAAUUCUUUAUAGUCUCUCACAAAUACAUAAUGAUAGUGAAAGUCCUUCACAAUGAACAAAAGUUUAUCUAUUGUGCAAUGAUGCAUUUCACUGUAUCUAUUGCAUAGUCAUCCUGUCGGAUGCUUCAGGAUGUUCGUAGCCUGUUGCCUAGCAAUGGAUCAGCUCUGCUGCUUCGUUACCACACACAUUGCGUUACUAUAACUCAAAUAUGAGGGCCAAAAGCCAAACCUUUAUAUUCAUAACUUCUCUAUACAAUAGUUAGGUUGUUUUAGGCAGGAAAAUAUGUGAAAACAGUCAUUCAUAAGUAGCACUUGAUAUUUCUAUAUUCUGUUUGUUUACCUGACAAAAACAUAUUACCUUAUGUCACGUCAACGAGUAGAAACCAUGAAGUGGAAUUCUUAUUUUAUCUGUUUGUCUUGAGCGAGCGUAACUCUCCCUUAUAGAGGCUGAAUAAAUAAACUGUUGCUAAAUACACUAGUUAAAAACUGUCAGGAUAUUUUGGUGUAUUUGAUGUCAAAGAAACAGCGAAUAUACUGAAGCUGGAUAAAGUGCUCACUCUGCGACACUGGAUCUUAUAGAAAAUAAAUUAUUAUUAUACAGUG